CAUUUAGCAACGAUUCGACUUUUAAAACGAGACAAUAAUAAUUAUAAUAACUAUAAUCUACACGUUGAGAAUUUCGAUUUGGCUAGUCGAUGCAAGAAUCCAAAUACAUACAGAUAUAUGUCUGUACAUGUAUAUAUCGAUCGUCAGCCUCGACACAUACACAACCGCAAAAAAAGUAGAUUGGACAUGAUCAUCGCAAUUCGCAGCUCUCUCGAGUAGUCUCGUGCCACCAGCAUGAACUCGUACUAUGUAAAAUAGCCUGGCCACAUGGGCGCAUCAUUAUAUUCCGUACGCUCGAGCGAGAGUGUUGGAUUUUGGCUGGUUGCUCUACUGUUGCAGAUGUCUCGGACGCUCGUCCUCUAACUGCUAGGGCCUCUAAAUCAACAUUUUUCUACACGCACAGUGAAAAGUUCAAAGUUUCAAAAUGGGUUCUUUAUCAUAUUUGAAACGCUCUCGGAUAGUGCAUUUAUUAUUUGCUAUCACUUUUUUCACAUCUGGUUUGAUAAUAAACUUGAUGCAAUGUAUUCUUUAUUUUGGUCUGAGGCCUUUUUCAAAAUAUUUUUAUCGCAAAAUUAACUACUAUUUGUGCUAUUCAUUCUACAGUCAAUUAGUAUUUAUGGCAGAAUGGUGGGCUGGAGCUGAUAUAAUUUUGUACAUAGAUAAAAAAGACUUUGAUAAAUAUUAUGGUCAUGAACAUGGCUACCUACUAAUGAACCAUAGCUACGAAAUUGAUUGGUUAAUUGGAUGGGUUUUUUGUGAACGCAUAAAAGUUUUAGGAAAUUGCAAAGCAUAUGCUAAGAAAUCAAUCCAGUACAUUCCUACUCUUGGAUGGGCUUGGAAAUUUGCAGAAAGUAUUUUCUUGCAGAGAAGUUGGGAUAAGGAUAAAGAGGUUAUUGGAUCUCAAAUAAGAGAAUUAGCUGAUUAUCCUGAUUCAAUAUGGCUUUUACUGUAUGCGGAAGGUACUCGCUUUACCCCUGAAAAAGCAGAGGCUAGUAAAAAGUUUGCCAAAGAGAAGGGUUUACCCGUUUUGAAACACCAUUUAACCCCUCGAACAAGAGGUUUUACAGCCAGUAUUCCUCAUCUUCGAGGGAAAGUUGAUGCUAUUUAUGAUAUUCAAUUAGCUUUCAAACCAUCAGAGACAACUAAACCUACUAUGACAAAUCUUCUACUUGGAAAAAAAGUUGAAGCACAUAUGUACAUAAACAGAAUCCCUCUUAACUCUGUGCCUGAAAAUGAAGAAGAAGCAGCACAAUGGCUACAUAACAUUUAUCAAGUUAAGGACCGAAUGCAAGAAAGCUUUUUAGAAAGUGGAGACUUUUUUGCUACUAGUGGGGUACCUAAAGUAGAUUCAUUCAAGUUAGAACGUAGAAUGUGGACUUUUGUCAACACUGCGUUCUGGUCAAUAGUUAUUCUUGUACCCAUGCUAUACUAUUUAGUCAAACUGUUUUUGUCAGGCUCAUUAUGCUUCUUUUCUAUUGGAGUUGGUAUUAUAAUUCUAUUUUUCUUGCUAAUGUACAAAACUAUUGGAAUGUCGGAAAUAAGUAAAAGCUCAUCUUACGGAGCCGCAGCUGGAGCCGAACAAAAAAAAAUGAAAUAAAGAAAAAUGCACAAAUUCUGUUCUAGUACGCGCAAAACAAUAAAGAAAAUAAAUCCAUGGAUAACGUAUAUAUACUAGUUUGGAAUAAUCUUACAAUAAAAACAGAGCUACCUCUUUUGAAUGACUUAUAUUUAGUCAUCAUUCUAUCGGCGAUCACUUACGCUGUGACCGGUGCUUUCCUAGUGUACUGUAAAUUUCAAUUCAAGUGAUUAUAUGAGACUCAAAUUGUAAAGAUAGGUGUAUGUAAAGAUUAUUAUUUGAUUCGAAUAAGAUGAUUAAACGACCAUUGGACUUGAACUAUCUUAUGAAAAAAUGCCUGCAUGUUGUGACAUAGCAUAGAAAUGAUAAUGAAUAUACCUAAAAAUGUAUGUAUGAUGUUUUUUGUAACUAUAUAAGAUUUUGCUGUAUUUUUUGUUGACUUUGUAUUUUGUCCGACUCGAAAAUAUUGUUAUUGUUACAGUAAACAUAGUUUAAAUUGGA